GGAAUCUGAACAGCUUGUGAAGCUGAUGCUAGCUAGCCUGGCUGUGCUGCUGAGCAAUGACAUGCUUUGAUAUAGAAAUGCUAUUCCAACGGGGCACAGCGUCUCAUCAGCUAGGCUAGCUUGUUGGAGUGGAAAAUUAACUGCUGGCUGCUAGCUAGGAUUCUGGAUAUCAUUUGUGUGCACUCAGCUCCAGUCUGUGUGACGGUUCUACACAUUGAAUUAUUCCUAAAGGACAUAAGAAGAGGUGGUCCAUCAGCAAUCGGGUCAACAGAGGCGUAUCAGAGCCAUUGAAGUUCUCAGCUUUGAUGCAGUACAGUGCACCUAGUGCAAGAUGACGGAAGAGGUGAUUGUCAUCGCCAAGUUCGACUAUAUGGCCCAGCAGGACCAGGAACUGGACAUCAAGAAAAACGAGCGUCUCUGGCUCCUCGACGACUCCAAGUCCUGGUGGAGGGUUCGAAAUGCCACCAACAAAACAGGCUUUGUGCCAUCCAACUAUGUGGAGAGGAAAAACAGCGCCAGGAAAGCUUCUAUUGUCAAGAAUCUCAAAGACACACUUGGAAUUGGGAAGGUGAAGAGCAGGAAGGGGGGCAUGAGAGACACAGCCUCCAACGCAGACACAGACAUGUAUGCAGAUAACGGCGAGCGGCUGUACGACCUCAACCUGCCCGCCUUCGUCAAGUUCAGCUACACAGCAGAGCGUGAUGACGAGCUGACGCUGGUGAAAGGCACGCGGGUGGUGGUGAUGGAGAAAUGCAGCGACGGCUGGUGGCGCGGCAGCUACAACGGACGCUCUGGCUGGUUUCCGUCCAACUACGUGACUGAGGACGUGGAUGGGACGGCGGGGGGAGGGGGCAUGGGCGGGGUGGGAGACCCAGCCGGAUCGCUAACGGAGAAGCUGGCGGCUGUGGUGAACAGCACCACGAAUGGCAACAGAGUGCUGCACACGGUGCAGGCGCUAUACCCUUUCAGCUCCGGCAACGACGAGGAGCUAAACUUUGAGAAGGGCGAGGUGAUGGAGGUGGUGGAGAAACCUGAGAACGACCCGGAGUGGUGGAAAUGUCGCAAAGCGGACGGACAGCUGGGCUUGGUGCCAAAAAACUACGUCACUGUGCUGGACUCCUCCUCCCAUAAACCUGCAGCAGGGCCCGGAGGGCCGCCCACGCCUGACUGUGACUACAUCUCUCCCUCAGGCAGCGGGCGCUUCGCCGGGAAGGAGUGGUACUAUGGAAAGGUGACGCGCCACCAGGCAGAGGUGGCCCUCAACCAGAGAGGCAUAGAGGGAGACUUUCUAAUCCGGGACAGUGAGUCAUCGCCACACGACUUCUCCAUCUCCCUCAAGGCGCAGAGCAAGAACAAGCAUUUCAAAGUGCAGCUGAAGGACAACCUUUACUGCAUUGGACAGCGCAAGUUCAACUCUAUGGAGGAGCUUGUUGAACACUACAAAAAGGCCCCAAUCUUCACCAGUGAGCAGGGAGACAAACUGUACCUGAUCAAGGCCCUGGCUGCCUCCUGAUCCCUCUCUGUCGCACUCACACACAUAAACACACACACACACACCUAUACAUCAUUAGCUGCAUCCAUAUAUAAAUACACACAAACUCACACACUCAAACUUACACAUGCAGAUAGUUACACCAGAACACACACUAACAUUUAAACUCCCAGCCCCGGGACUUAACACAUCAUCAGGACUUAAUGCCUGAUCUGUGAGCAUUCCAAGAGGACGUAUGGAAAAGGAAAAAGCAUGGGAGAGACACACAGAGGAAUGGAGAGGGGGAGACAAAAAGACUAUGGACUCCUGAGAGUUGACUACAGACCUCUUGGUCGCCUUUUUUUUUUUUUUUUUUUAUUUUAAAUUAUCCAGAUGUGUUAGGUCACAGGCGAUGCCAUGUAUUUCCACCUUGAUAUCUAUUAGAGUCGCAUUUAGUUUCCUUUUUUGUUUGUUUUUGUUGAUAAUAUAUAAUCUUUUUAACAGUUUCUUUUAAAAAUGUGAUGAUUUUUAAACUGUGUCCAAUACGCACCAACCACCCGGAUUUUUCAGAUGUUGGCAAAUUCAGAGUCUAGCCUUUAGAGGUCUACGUUGCAAUUAAUUUUUGUGUCGUCUGUCUUAAUUCGUUCUUUAUGGUUGUGGACGCACUAAUCCACGACUUCUGCUAACUACUAAUCAUGAAUAAAAAUUAAGUGACCAAAAUAUAUUUAUUGAUACUAUUCUGUUAGGAUCAUGGUUGUAGACAUUUUAAUAUUACACUUGCAGUUUUUUUUUUUUGUUUUGUUUUGUUUUGGGGGGGUUUUGAGGAGGAUUUUAGAGGGUUCCUCUUCUUGUGCAAGGUCCAACUAUUUGUUCAACUUUAAUUUCGUACAACAGAACUGCUUGUCUCGCAUAUUGCUGUAUCCGUAUCACAUGAAUGUUACAAAGCCAAGGCAUCGCAGACUGUCAGGCCUCAAGAUCCCAUGACUUAGCAUGCAUGCAUGCACGCAAACAGAAAAUUGUCUUCACAUCAUCCACUCAGUCUCGACAAGAGAGAUCGAUAAGCCCGCAUGGGGGCGGGGGGCUUUAUCACGGAGGUCAUGUGAAGAGUGAAAAAGUAUUUUUCAUCACAGUCAAGAGACUUCCUCCCCCCCACUGACUGUUGAUGUGUCCUCGUAGUGUUGCCAGAGGGGACGAGGAGGAAGGAGGGCAGUGGGUGGGGUGGGGGCUGGUGUGUGCUGACAGCAAUGCAGCUUUCAAACAAACCCACCGGAGCUCGGAGGAGAAACGGGAGGACUGGAGCACACAGUCCAGAGGGUGAUGUCACUGCUCCUGAAUUAGUCAUCACUGGAGGGAAUGGAGGAGUUAAGGGUCACCCGGGGGUCAAGGAGUUUCAGAGAGCAGUUUCUUGUGGCUAAGUUCUGGUACAAGACAAGCAGACUGGUUUAAAUGCUUGAUAUGUGGGCACUUAUUUCCACAGGAAGUAGUCUCUAGAUUUGGGGAACCCAGCAUGUUUUUUUUGAAUGAAUAGUCUGUAUCGAGUUAGAAUACAGUGUGCCUAAAUGCUUUCAGCAGAAACACAUGGUUUAUAUUUACAGUACAGGUCUAGAGGGAAUAGGUAUUUGUUGAGUGAAAGUGGACCAAGUAGUGUUUGAAUGUUUGGAAGGGCGGGUAGCACACCAAUGCAAUCAAAGCUGCAGCAGCGCUUGGCAGGGAGCCGCUCCAGCAGUGGGCUCGGGGGGGGGGGGGGAUGAUGAUCAUCUCGAUGCUUGUGAUGAUGAAUUCUCCAGCUGUGGCCAGUUGGACCUGAGAGCAGAGAAAGAGGGGUGCGGGGUGAUAGAGGGGAUUUCAUAGAGGAGGGACGGAAAAAUGGAACCUAAAAACAAAAGUAGGAUCCAGGGAGGAGUCAUGGAGAAUCUGUUCUAGUCUGUAUCUGGAUUACUGCUCCCAGUCGUGUACGGGCAGGGAAAUGAACAGAGGCCAACGCUGAUGUAUCACAGCAGAGAAUAAAGGAUUUUUGGAUGGCAGUAUUUCAGGGAGGGCUUCUAAGGCCUUGUCAGUCCAAGCGUGAAAAGGUCGGUCAUGCCACAAAGAGCAGAAAACGUGGGUGUGAACUUUUUUUCCUCUCCAUUCCCCAGGUGACUGACAGAGCUAUUCACACAAGAGCUGCGCGGCAACUCGAGUCUUUUCUCUGUUUUGAAGGUGUAAAAGAUGAAUUAUAAACAGUAAUGAGUUAAAAUGGCGAGAUGGAAUUAAAGACCUACACUACCAUUUGAGAUCUCACUUUUAUUAAGCAGUCAAAAAAACAUCACGGGAUUAAAAAGCUUCUGUCAGGACUCGAAAGAGCUUGUCAGAAACCUGACAGGUUUAUGACUAAAUGCUUCAAAAUGUAAAUCACAGGGUUGUUUCUCAGCAUGGUUUGAGUGCUUUUUGUUCAUUUUGGGUCCCGAGCUUUAUUUCAGUUUAACCUGUAAUCAUCAUUUCAAGUCAUGUAGAACAUUUGUGCCUCUUUUCCAUUCAUUUUCAGUUAUCCCCCUUACUGGCUUCUGUGUUAUCAGUCAGGUAUUCUGUCAGUUGCUACGCCCAGUCCCUGGCUCUUGUGUCCGUGCCAUUUUUUAUUUUUUAUAUUUUUCUCUGACACUUUAUGUGACAUGUGAAGUUUGCCUACACUAGCAAUCAAUCGCUAUCAACAAGCCAGUUUUUCCUUUUCUAUCAGUGAAAUUCCCUCCCUGACUUCCAGCAGCAUCUGCGAUAUUCAGCAGCAUUAAAGUGACAAACGCCAACGCAAUGUGUCCCAGUUUGAAGGAUUUAGGAGAUUUUAAUGUGCCUUCACAGCUUCCUGUCAACCAAAGGUUUUCGUGUUAAGAGUUUGUCCUUUAUCUUGUGCUUCCCACUUCUUGUCACUGCUGCGAGCUAUCUGGUCAAAGCUUUGCAUGUGCGUCAUUUGGGUCCGAUCGGCGAGUGACGUUUGAAAACAUCCUUAAAGAGAGAGGAUGUUUCCUCAUUGAGCGCUCACACUGUCGACAUACGCUGGAAAUGUCAUUGUCUAACUUUGUGUGUGUGUGGGGGGGUUUGUUUUUUUGUCAUGCAUAAAAUGCCCAUUAGUUGAUCUUGUGUAUAGUUUCAAGUGUCCUUACCUUUUGCUGAUUUCAUCAUAACAGUGAAUGCCUACAUGUACAGUAUAAAGUAUGUGCUGAUGUUCAUUCAGAAACAUAACUCCAGGUGUGAUGUAAUCAUGACCUGAAUCUCAUGUAUGAGCACCUCAAGUAACGGUAUCGCACAUUGUUGGUUGUGAAGAGCCUGUCAUCAUGGUUUCCAAGGAAAUAGUUUUUUAUGUCUGUAUGCAUUUCAUAUAAGACUAGUGUAAGACAUUCACUUUUGCAGUUUAGCCACUUAAAUAUGUAAAAAGAAAAAAAAAGAAAAGAAAAAAAAAGAAAAAAAAUCCUCAAUACUUAAAUGUUUUACUUGAUAUUCAAAUACAGAACUACAGUAUCUCCCUGCAUAUUGUUAUGAACUGGGAUCUUUCAUUUUACACCAACAGAGGCCGCAUGAGCAAGAGCCUUGUAGCUGUACAGAAAUUAUUUUAAAUCUGCUUAAAAAGACUUUGAAGUCAGUUGGGACAGAUAUUAUCAAGAGAUUGUUUAUCAAACUAUUUUUCACGAUGGAAAAACUACAGCGCAGCCUGAGAUCUUUUGCUUUCCUGACUGCUAAACGAACCUGAGAUGAAUCUUGAGAUUGAUUUCUUGAUAAUAUUCCGAACAAAUGACCCCCGUGGUGCUUUUGUGCUGCUUACAUUUCUAUGGUGUUCUCUGUCUCACAAAGCUUUUCUUUUUCCUGUAUGUGAGAGUGAAGAAAACAGAUCCAUGCUGUGGAAUGAUAAAAGGCAGUGCUGUGAAAUUUAAUGUCAUGCUCUUAAUACUGUUUUUAUGGAGGGGAGAUCGUCUUCAGGUGUAAUAAUUUAGAAGAGUUUAUUAGAGUGUUAAAAAGAUGUAAUAAAAAAUACAACAAAAGGA